UAUAAAUCAUUUGAUUCGACAUAAUCAUUACACCAAGAUAUUUUUCUAUCUGCUAUUGUUAUCAUUAAACGGUUACGUAAGUUACUACGUUCAAUCAAGCAUCACCUACACACUUGCCAUAUAUGAACUGACUACAACACUGGUUCGUUUAUUAUCUUACCAAGCUCGUAGUCGUUUGUGUCUUUCUAAGGGUUGGGAAACUUGGAAAACUUGAUUCUACCUUUAUGUUAUUUUGAUUAACACAAACACGCGUGCAAAACAGUUUUUGACGAUAUUUCUAAAAAGUUUUUUAAUUUCUACUCUUUAUUAACAAAUAGCUUGUUUAGAUCAAGCAAUAAUAAUGAAAAUCAAAAAAACCCCACCAAAGAAAUUAGCGGCACCAAUACCGCCUAUCAAAAGUCUUAUUCAAAAGCUCACCGAAUGUCACGAAGAGGAAAUAACAGCCACGGUGGAUUCUAUUAAAGAAUGGAAUUAUCCACGAGGAGAUCUCUUUCACUGGAUUGCUGUACUAAACCGCUUUGAUAACAUUCUUGAGAAUAUUUGUCAAACUUACAAACUUAAAAAAUUGCAGACAGUAAACUUUACCGAAGGAACGCGCAGUACUUUACUUUCUAUACUAAAAUUUUCGCGAAUGUUACUGGAAAACUGCACAAACAGAAACUUAUAUAGUUCAUACGAACAUCUUAAUGACUUGUUAAAUACAAGUGACUUGGGUGUUUUAGAGGUGUUAUUACGUUUGAUACUCCGACCUGCACAACGUCUCAGUAAUCAACGUGCUCUUCGUACCAAUUUUAACAUUUCUCAGGAUCGAAUUUUAACUUUGGCUCACAAUUGGGCUACAAAGGAGUAUGAUCUCGAAAUGGCGCAGCUUGCGUCUGAUGAAGUCAAAAUCCCAGAAGAAUUAGCAACCUUAAAUUAUCAAUUUUAUCGUCAUUUAACACCAUCAGAAGCUGCAGAAACAACAGGCGAUAAGAAAGGUGAUGUUGCCGGGUCCGUUACAUCCACACCUCAAAAAGGAAAAAGGAAAGAUAGUGCUUCAAGUACUAGUGGAACUAAAACUGGAGAAGGAGUUACUUUAAUUUCUAUUAAUAACAUUCGUCAAUAUGGAGAAACGGAUAUGGACAUUUUAAACAAUGUUAUCGAGGAAUAUGAUAUACCUGAAGAGUUUCACUAUGCUCUUUUAAAUCGAAUUCGGAUUGUUAAUAGUAUUAAGUCGACAGAGUCGAGACGAAAAUUCUUGAUAAUAAGAAUACUUGCUAUUGCUAUUAUGGCUCAUAUUGUACCCGAACAUGUUGCUCAAUCUAAACUAUUUUUGUAUGAGCCCGAUAUUGUUGCAAAUAUUGCUGAAUUGGUUCAUCCAGAUAGAAAUAUACCAAUUGAAAUCCAAACAGUCGCAUUUUAUGCUCUGGACGGAAUCAGUCGAUAUCGUUCAAAACUUGGUGAAGUAUUAUCUGCUGUUAAUGCUUCAGCCAACCAUGGUAUUUUGCUUUACGUGUUACGAAGAGUGAUUGCUGAUCUGGAUAAUAAUAACCCUAUUUUCAACCAAGAAUAUUAUGAUGCGAUGUUUGCUUUAAUUUCCUAUUUUAUCACCACACAAAAUGGUGGAACUAUGGUAAUUUCAGCAGGGAUAGUUCCAACUCUCUUACAAUUGUUGCACAAUAAAAAUCCGCAGCAGUCAAAGAAUAUAACAAAGGCUGUUGGUGUCUUGGACAGUCUUGUCUAUGGAUUUACUCCUUCAUUUACUUCAUUUUGUAAUGCAAACGGAGUUCGUAUAUUGGUCCAAAGAAUAAAGGAAGAAGUUGAUUAUGGUGUUCAGUUAGUGGAUGACAACCAAGGAGAUUUCAUGGAAGAUAUAACGAUCGCAGGAUCUUCAACUUCAGCGAAUCUACCAGCCACCGAACCUGUAACUGCACUUGAAACAUCUGAUGUUACACUUCCUUACGAAAGAUCAUCGUUAUUGAAAUCGAUGUUUAAAUUUGUUUUACAUAUGAUGCAAUCUGCUGGCACUGCAGAUGGAUUGCGAAAUCUUAUUGACACUUCUCUUCCAGACUCAAUUAAAAAGGUUUUUGAACAACCUAAAGUAUUUGGAAGUAGCAUAUUUGCCCUUGCAAUUAAUAUAAUUGCAACAUUCAUUCAUAAUGAACCGACUUCACUUCCGAUUAUGCAAGAGGCUAAGCUUCCACAAACUUUCUUAAAAUCUGUCAUGAAAGAAAUUCCUGCCUCAGUGGAUGUAAUUCAAUCUAUUCCUAACGCAUUUGGUGCUAUAUGCUUGAAUCCACAAGGAAUGGAAAUUUUUACUCAGAUGAAUCCGAUAGACAAGUUCUUUACAAUUUUUACAUCUAUUGAACAUUUACGUGCUCUUCAAGAUAACGAAGUCGCCUCGGUGUUAGGUAACAAUAUUGAUGAAUUAAUGAGACAUCAUCCAAGUUUGAAACAGAAUAUCAUGAAUACGAUUAUGGUCACGCUUCAGCGUAUCUUGGAACUAGGACAGGACAAUUCUAUUGUUGUUGAUGAUACUAAUAUAUUACAUACUGGAACGAAUGAUGGUCAAAGUGAUGUUCAGCCAGAAAAUCGAGAAGAACCAGUAUCAACUGAUGUUACCAUGAGCGAUGCUGACUCUGCUAAAUCAGAAGAGAAAAAAGAGAAUAUUAUUGUUUCAUUUAUUGAGAUUGCCGCAAAGUUUUUAGAAGGUCUUUUUCAGACUCAAAGCCAUUGUAGAGAAUUCCUCAAACAAGAAAAUGGGUUGAAUAUAAUUCUUAAAUUCUAUGCAUUACCAACUGUACCGUACGAUUUUGCAAGUUCGUCAGCCUCAUAUUCUCUUUCUCACUUAAUGAGAGCAAUUGCCGAAGUUGAUCCAAAGAAAAGCGUUACAGCAAUUAUUGUCGCACUUAAUGAAGCACUUCAAGGAGCAACUAAUUUUUUAAAUUAUGAUGGAAAAGGCGGUCUUCUCGUUGAAUAUAUUGAUCUUGAUGCAAAAGAUACUGCAAAAGUUGAAGAAGCCAACAAAACCUUCAGGUCAUUAAUAACUUUACACGGCUAUGUUGGAUUACUUUCCGAUGUCUAUUGUACACCAGUUUUCUCUCAUGGAAAAAGUGUAUCAUCUGUAAUCGAAGCUUUUGUUGGACCUGACAGCGAAGUUAUUCCCUCAUUAGGAAAAUUGCAUAGAACUUGCGUUUGGGAAAAUGUCAUCUUAAAAUCAUCUGUACCAAAGUCAUGGUAUGCUUCUCAAACAAAACCAAAGAAACCUUUUAAUCUACCCGAAAUUUCAACAAGUAGUGCUAUUUCGGCAAUACUAGAUGAUUAUGAUAAAGAAACAACCGAUACAAAUGAGCCUUCUGUCGACCAAAAUAACCGUCAAGUGAAGAACGCCAAAUAUCUUAAAUUUUUAAUAUCGCAUAUUCCUUCUUGUUUGACAUCAUUAUUUCAAGGUUUGGCCAAGAUGCUUUUCACACGUAAAUCACCAGAUGCAAGUCAAAAAGCAUCUGCUUUUAAAGUAUCCGACUCUAUUGCUGAAGUUCUUAGUGAUCAUUUAACUUGGCAUCGUUAUACACUUGAUAGUGAACCCGAUUCUACAAACAAGUACAAUUAUCUUACAGUUAUGCUAGGUCUUUUAUCAUUACUAUUUUUAGAUGAACGAAAUCAAGUAUCUCUUCAGACAAUGCUAGUCAUUUCUUUUGAUAAAUCUGGCGGUUUGGACUAUGUAUUCACACUUUUGCGCAAGUUCUGGGAAGAUGCAGAGGGAAUUAAAGUUUUUGAAGAGUAUUCGACUAUUGAAGCAGACGACAAAUCAAAAGAUAAGCUUACAAGGAUUCAUGGAUGCAUCGAGGUUACACUUAAUUUCUUCCAAUUUGUCGCAUCGGCCAAGUUAUUACACGAUUCAAGUCAAACGAGCACUUUGACAUCUAAAGAUCGAGAACAUCGUUUCGAUCCUUAUGAAUUUCUCGUGAGCCUUCGGGCAAAGAUCCUUCCUAUAAUUAAUGAACUUUGGCAAAGCUCUUACUUAACAAAAGCACCACCAAAUAUUGUAAAAUCUGUUAUACUAAAUCUAGUACAAAUUUUAAAGGCUGAAGGUGAAGUAAAUCAACGAAUAGAAGGGUCAAGUAGCAUAUCAUCAGCAUCGUCGAUAUUUGGAAGAAAUCCUCUUAACCCUCUUAUUCCGGAUGAAGAUAGAGUUCAACAAUUGAUUGACAUGGGGUUUCCACGCUCCGCCGCUGAAACAGCACUCGGAAGAUGUAAUAACCACGUCCAAACUGCAGCAGAAUUUUUAUUAAAUCACCCACAAACAAUUGCAGCUGCAAUUUUUUCAGAAGCUCAAACGGCCGAGUCUGGUCGUGAUUCUUCAACAAUUAAUCAAUCUACUGGCGGAAAUGCGCAGACUGAUACAAACGCUAGUUCGAAUGUAGAUAUUACAGGAACUUCUGGGGAUGAUGAUGAUGAUUCAUCUGAUAACGACGAAGGAAAUAUGGAACAAACAGACGAUUUAGCUCAAGGUAGCCAAUCCGCGGAACGUUCAGUAUCUAGUGAUACUCCUAUUCCUAUGGAAACAGAAACUACUUCAAAGAAAAGUGAUAAAGGAAAAGGAAAAGAAGUCGCUUCGGUAGACCAAUUCAAAACUCUUAGAGAAGAAUUAAAAGCAAGUGCUGCUAAUAGAGCUAUUGAGUUACUAGAUCAAGUUGAAGAAGUUAUUUUUGAAGUGAAAGAUUUAUUUGUCCUCUUGAGCAAAGACGAAGCUGAGAAAACAACAGAGUUAGUAAUAAAAAGUAUUGAACAUGCUCGUGAACAACCCGAAGAAUUACGCAAAAAAGCUUUAAGUUCACGUUUACGCCUAUUGGCUUUAUUAUUAAAUGAAACAAGUAUUCAAGGAAAAAUACCUCAUUUACCAUUCAAUAUAUUUUCAGAUAUGCUAUCUAUGGUAGCUGAGCAAGCUGAACAGUCUUCUGAAAGUAAUUUACCUAAAUGGUUAGCAUCAGCUUUAUUAGUUAUAGAGGCUUUUAUAUCUUUAUCAGAUGAACCAAAAAGUGUGGAGUCACAAUCCAAACCCGAAGAGUCGAAAGCGAUUGAAGAUCCUAUAAUAGAUACUUUUUCACCAACAGAUUCACAACGAUUAAAUUUGCUCGAAUACUGUUUAUCAUUUAUGAAACGUACAGAUCUUGACAAAGAUAUUAUCAUCUCAUUGCUUCGAAUCUUGGUUCGGAUAACUCGUCGCCAUUCUGAUGCAACCGAAUUCGUUAAAAAGGACGGAUUGUCAUUACUCUUUAAUGCUUACAAACCACGAGCUCAUGAUUUCCGUGGACAACAAGUAUUUGUUGUUAUGAUAUUGCGUCAUGUUAUAGAGGAUGUAUCUGUGUUAGAAUCAAUUAUGGAAAGAGAAAUAAAAAAUUGGUUCACUAAUCAUCGACCGCGCGUUGUUGAUAUCAAUAAUUAUCUUCGAAAUACUGCACAAUUUGCGUUACGUAAUCCCGAAAUAUUUGUUCAGACCACCAAGAAACUUUGUAAAUUACCAAGAUAUGAACUUGGUAGAAGUAGUCAACAGAUUACUUUGAUUAAACAAGAGACAGAAGAAGUUCGCAACACAACAAGUAAAGACAAUACUGUUAAUGAAGAAGAAAUGACAGAUGUUGUACCUUCAACAUCUGCAACAGUUGAAUCACCUAAAAAAGAGUCAUUUGGUUCCGAGUUAGCAGAAAAUCUGAUCCAUUUUAUUGCAAAUGAGUUAAUCUCAAUACGUAGUAUUCAGUCCGCUGUGAUUCCAGAGUCUAAAUCAACGGAAACUGCAAAUGAAAAACAAAAAAGUACCGAAAACAAUGUUAACAACAAUAAUAAUGCUAAUAGCAACACAGCUAAUUCUAAUAAUACGGGGUCUACCCAACCACAAUUCAAACCUGAAGAACAUUUGGAUUAUUUAUGUCGUUGUUUCUUGCUUCAAUGUUUAACUGAAUUACUUUCAUCGUAUCCUUCAUGUAAAAUUGAAGUUAUCAACCUUUCACGUAGGAAAAGUAGCAUUGGUCCCACCACUUCAUCUAAGACAAGAACUCCUUUAUUGAGUUAUCUAUUGAACGAUUUAUUACCAUACGGAUGUAUUACACCUUCAACUGACAUUGAAAUACGUAAACGUUAUGGACAAUCUAAAUGGACUACAUCAGUUAUUGUAGCUUUAUGUUCAAACAUUAGUAAUGAUGUUGAUGAAAAGAAGGUCCAGCCUGAAUUAGUACAAGUUCGUAAAUUUGUUUUAGAUUGUAUAACACGUUCGUUUAAGAAUGCUAUUACUUCAUCCGAUCCUAUUGAAACAAAAUACGGGAGACUUUUGGCUUUGGCCGAAUUAUGCUAUGCAAUUCUAACUGCACGAACAAGUACAAGUAAUAAUGCAAACAAACCUAUUGAUGAUGGCCCCGCUAGUGUUGCUAAGUUAAUGCUUGACAAACAUUUCGUUAACACUUUAACUGAAGCUCUUUCAGAAGUAGAUUUAAAUUAUCCUUCAGCAAGAAUUUUGAUAAGUGCUUUAUUGAAGCCAUUCGAAUUUUUAACAAAAAUUGCUAUCAAAUUGGGUCGCGCACCCGAACCUUCUAAAGAAGAACAGGAACGUCGCGAAAGUAUUUCUUCCAUUUCUACCCCAUCAGCUGAUGAAAUGGUUCAUGAAACAGAAGCACCUGAUUUAUAUGCAACUUCUGUACUUGGUGCUCUUGAAGGUAGAAUUGAAAGUGAUGAUAUGGAAGAUGAAGACAUGAGUUCUGAUGAAGAACAAGAAGUUUACGACAAUGGUGAAUACGAGGAAGAAACUGAUAGUGAUAUUAGUGAUCUCAGUAAUGAAGAUGACAUAAAUGAAGAUGACAAUAAUAAUGAAGAUAUGGACGUAGAAAUAGUAGUUCGUCAACCAUUACAUAGUCAUUCUGCAAUAUUGAAUAAUGAGAACAAUGACAACUCUGAAAACGAAGAUAACAAUAUAAGCCAUCAUUUAGAACACGAUGAUGAUACAGAUGAUGAACAUCCUGUUCGUAUUCGUCAAGGUGGAGAUGAUGAUCAAGAAAUGUGGGAUGUUCACGAUCAAGUUAUUAUAAAUCGAAGCGAUAUCGCUGAAGAAGUUAUUGAUGAUGCUGAAGGACAUCAUCACCGCCAUCGCCGACAUGGAGGAUUUGGAGCUGAUGAUGAAGGCAUGUUGGUGGAUGAGGAUGAUGAGGACGACGACGACGACGAUGAUGAUGAUGACGAUGAAGAAGCUGAUGAUGGAGAAGAAAAUGACGUAGUUUUAGAUAGUGCUGAUGUAAUUGAUGAUGGUUAUGUAGAUCGUCUCAACUUUAAUUGGGGAUGGAAUCAACCUGGUUCAAUUUUUAUGAAUGAUGAUGAUUUUGUUCUGCCAGGCCGUCCAAGUCGAGCCUUAUUUAGCUUUGGUAAUAGACGUCAUCGACAUAUUCCUGGUGGCCGUCGUGCUAUUCUAGAAGUUCCACCUGAAGGACUUGAUUAUGUAAUAAGUGAUCAUGCUGGUUAUGGAUUUAAUUUCAGUACAAAUGAUGAAGUUGAUAUUCCUAGUAUAAGAAAUAGACCGAUUCCCGGUUCUAACGAUGAUGUUACUUCACAUCCAUUACUUGUUAACCGAACAUCAAAUCUUCCUAAUAUCACCGGAUCUACAGGAGUUGAAUUCAGAGGAAGAAAUGUCAGAAAUGGACCAUUGGGUGACUGGACACAAUCUAUCGAAGAAUUGAUAGGCGGUGGUGCGGUUCAACUAUUAGAACAAUUAUUAACUAGAAGUCGUGGUUUAGGACAUUCUACUUAUAGACUUGAAUUAAAUACAGGUUCGGGCGGUUUAGUUAGUGGAAUUGAAGUUGAUCGAGUAUUUCCUAGAUCGAUAACAAAUGCCCAAGACAAUCAAAAUAUUACCACACCACCGAGUGACCCAAUUACCGCUGUUCAAGAAUUUAUGCCAGUUUCAACUGGACAAAGGUGGCUUGACGAAGCCCGUAUGAUGUACGGUAAUACUGCGUCCGAAAAGGCUACAAAACUAGUAGAACAUAUAUUGAAUGCUUUAAUUCCACUUGCAGUGGAAGAGGAGAAAAAAAGAAAAGAAAAGGAAGAGAAAGAACGUGAAGAAAGGAAAAUACGUGAUGAGGAAGAACGAAGAAAAGCAGAAGAGGAAGAACGAGUUAGAAGAGAACUAGAAGAGCGAGCUAGGGCCGAGGCAGAAGCUGCUCGAGCUGCUGAAAUACAAAAUGUAACAUCAGAUACAUCAAUGACUGAAAAUACUACAGAACCUGAAGAAGUAAUUGAAGUUACUGAAACUACUGAAAUUAUUGAACUUGGAGACACCAUGCAAGAAGAUGCUCCUGUCACCGAAACUGAAGAAAAUAUAGAGAAUCCCGAUGCUAUGGAUGCUGAACCAUCUCCAGCGCAGGAAAUUGUACCUACUAUAUCUGAGGAUAACGUAGCCAUGGAGGAAGAACCAACUGUUACAGAGGGAGGAGCGACAACCUCACAAGCUUCUCAAGCUGUAGUCGAAAGUACAGUCGAAAGUACAGUCGAGGGUGCAGCUGAAGGUACAAGUGAAACUCAAAGUGCAAGAACAACCGUUAUGGUUAAUGGCCAGCCUGUGGAUAUUACAGAUACUGGAAUCGAUCCAACAUUCCUUGAAGCACUUCCCGAUGAAUUACGCGAAGAAGUUUUAAAUCAACAUUUACCGCCAGAAAGAAGAAACAGACCUCCAGUAAGUGGUGCAGGAGAUACUAUUAGUACUGAAUUUUUGGAAGCCUUACCUGUUGAUUUACGUGAGGAAAUUCUUCAGCAAGAAGCAGCUCUUGAACAAGAAAGGAGAGACCGUCAAAGAACUACUGAACCUGUUGCUGCAGAAAUGGAUACGGCAAGUUUCUUUGCUUCAUUGGAUCCCCAAUUGAGACAAACUGUCCUGCUUGAACAAGAUGAAAUGGUUUUGGCAUCUUUACCUCCAGCAAUUGUUGCCGAAGCAAAUGCUUUACGAGAAAGAGCGAGUAGAAGGUAUACAAAUGCAGUACGAUCAAGAACCAUUGCUAGUACUAAUCCAGCUGUACAAACUCCUAAGAAACCUACUGUCCAGCGUGAUGCAAUGAAACUUGUUGACACUCCAGGAUUAGCCACGUUGGUUAGGCUUUUAUUUCUACCCCAACCAUUGGGCAAUAAAAAUUUGCUCCAUAAGCUAUUGCUUAAUCUUUGUGAAAAUAGUAAAACACGCGGAGAAUUGAUUUUAAUGUUACUUUCGGUCCUUUAUGAUGGAAGUGGUGACGUAGCCGCUGUCGAUAAGAGUUUUGCUCAAAUGUCUUUACGUGCAAAAGGUACUCCUAAAAGUACACCAAGAAGACAAUCGAGUGCUCCAAAUCCGUCUCUUGCUCAAAUAACUCAAGCAGCUGGAGAAAAUGUACCCAAUUUGAUUGCUCAAAGAUGUUUGGAAGCUUUGACAUAUAUUGUGACGUAUAAUGAGGCAUCAGUUACAUAUUUCUUAAUGGAACAUGAAAGCAAUAUUGGACUUAAGAGAUCAAAUAGUCGUAAGGGCAAAGAAAAACAAACUAAAUCCUCUGUUAGCAAAUAUCCUGUCGUGAUACUACUUAGUCUUUUAGAUAGGCAAGUGUUCAUCAAAAAUACAGCAUUAAUGGAUCAAUUAAUGCAUUUAUUAUCAUUCGUUUUACGACCUUUAUCAACUCUCUCGAAAUCGGAUUCGUCGACUUCAUCUGGUGAUUCUGGUUCAACUUCUAAUAAUGGAAACGAAGGAGGUUCUUCAUUACAAAUAAACAACAAUAAUGUAAAUAACAGCGAAAAUAACAACACUAGUAGCAGCGAAAAUAUCAACACAAGUAACAACGAAAAUAACACCACAAUUAAUAACACCACAAUUAAUAACGAAAAUAAUUCAUAUCAAAUUUCUGGAACUGACAAUCAAAAUAACAAUUCAAAUAACUUAUCUGGACAAUCUAAUCAACAAUCUAACAAUGAACAACCUUCCAAUCAAGUUUUAAAUAUACCUAACGAUCAAAAUGAUAAUAAUCUGGAGACUAAUAACAAUAAUAAUCCAUCUGGAAAUGAAACGAAUCAAGAUAAUGCUACAGCUUCCUCGUCAAAACAAGCAGAACCGGAGAAGCUUCCUACACUCAAACCACCUGUUAUACCUGAAAAUUGUUUGCGUUUAGUAGUGAAUGUAUUGACUGCCGGUGAAUGUACAAGUAAUACUUUCAAAUACACACUUUCAGUUAUACAACAUCUUUCCACUUUAAGUGGAGCUCGUGAAGUAAUAACUUCGGAACUAGUUGAACGUGCUCAAUCUCUUGGAAACGAUAUACUAGAAGAUCUUGAUGAUUUAGCGCAAAUUUUAGAUAAGGCAAACACCGGUGUUGAUGUACAAGGAGUGACUUUGUCCAAAUUCUCACCUUCAUCUUCGAAACAAGCAAAAUUAUUACGUGUUCUCAAGACAAUCGAUUACAUGUAUUCUCGUAAACAACAAUCCAAUAUCACUUCAUCUAAUACGCAAACAGAAGUUUCAUUAGCUCCAACUGUUGAUCCUGAUGAAGCGGAAACAGUUGCACCACGAACAUUGUUAGAUAGCAACGCACGAAAUUCUAAAUUGACAGAUGAUGAAGAAAAGGUUAUGAAGAUAUAUGAAACACUCAAUUUCACUGAACUAUGGAAAAAACUAGGGAGAUGCUUGACUACUAUACAUGAAAAACCGGAUAUGAUUCAUGUAGCAACCGUUCUUUUACCACUUAUAGAGUCAUUGAUGGUUGUAUGUAAAUAUGUUGGCAUGACAUCAUCAAGUCAAAAAAUAUCUUCACCAGGGCCGCAUUCUUCUCCUUCUGAGAGUAUGGAGGAUUUGUUCUUUACAUUUACAGAGGAUCAUCGUAAGAUUCUCAAUACGAUGGUUAGGAAUAAUCCUUCUUUAAUGAGUGGAUCGUUCUCUUUAUUAGUACAUAAUCCGAAGAUUCUUGAAUUUGACAAUAAGAGAAAUUAUUUCAACCAGCAACUUCAUAAACGUACAAAUGCUCGUGAACAUUAUGGUUCUUUACAACUUAAUGUUAGACGUCAAUAUGUAUUUGAAGAUUCCUUCCAGAACUUACAAAGAAGAACCGGAGAUGAAAUUAAAUAUGGCAAACUUAGUGUACGGUUUUACGAAGAGGAAGGCGUUGACGCUGGUGGUGUAACAAGAGAAUGGUUCCAAGUUCUUGCAAGACAAAUGUUUAAUGAGGACUAUGCAUUAUUCAAAACAUCAGCAGCAGAUAGACUUACAUAUCAACCAAAUAGAGCCUCUGGUGCAAACCCAGAACAUUUGCUAUUCUUUAAAUUUGUUGGACGUGUCAUUGGUAAAGCUAUUUAUGAUGGAAGGCUCUUGGAUGCAUAUUUCACACGUUCUUUCUAUAAACAUAUACUUGGAAAGCCCGUUGAUUAUCGGGAUGUCGAAGCUAUAGAUUUAGAAUAUUAUAACAGUUUGGUGUGGAUGUUAAAUAAUGAUAUCACAGGUGUAAUUGACUACACAUUUAGCGUUGAGACCGAUGAUUUUGGUCAAAAGAAGAUUAUUGACUUAAAAGAAAACGGUAGAAAUAUUCCAGUGACGGAAGAAAACAAACGAGAAUAUGUUAAGCUUGUAACCGAACAGAAACUUACUUUAGCUAUUAAAGAUCAGAUUGAGCAAUUCCUUGCCGGUUUCCAUGAAAUUAUUCCAGCACAUUUGAUUAGUAUAUUUAAUGAACAAGAGUUAGAAUUACUAAUUUCUGGAAUGCCAGAUAUUGAUAUUGAUGAUUGGAAAAAUAAUACUGAAUAUCAAAAUUAUACUCCUUCAUCUCCACAAAUCCAAUGGUUUUGGAGAGCAGUGAGAAGUUUCGAUCAAGAAGAGCGAGCGAAACUCUUACAAUUUGUUACAGGUACUUCAAAAGUACCAUUGGAAGGUUUUUCCGUUCUUCAAGGUGUUCAUGGUGUACAGAAAUUCCAGAUUCAUAAGGAUUUUGCUAGUCCAGAUCGUCUACCAUCUGCCCAUACUUGUUUCAACCAAAUAGAUAUUCCUGAAUACGAAAAUUACGAGCAGUUAAGGUCUCAAUUAUUAUUGGCAAUCUCGGAGGGAACUACAGGAUUUGGUUUUCAAUAAUUUGUCAUGUAGCGUUAUAUAUAUAUAUUAUUUUGAACUUUAUUUCUUUUUAAGGUUGUUUAACAAAUUAUUUUUUCAUGUUACAAAUUAUCUUUAGUAGACUAACUACUGUAUAUCGGUAACUUUUUUCCUAUUCAUUUAAAAAGAUUUUCCAAUUCCCUUUAUUAUGCAAUAUUAUUUUAAAUUCAUUUAUUUCUUUAAACAUUUUCUCUGUAUAUUUCUUUUGUUUAGGAUGAUAUAAAAUUGUAUUAUUCUAAAUUAUUAUAAUAUCAACAAAUAAAAACUUUGCUUC